AUGGAAUAUAAUACAGAUAAAACGAUAUUUGAGAUUCUACCGAGUGAAUUAUGGGCAAUUGUUAUUUCAUAUUUACCUAGAAUAUCAAGACAUUCGCUGUCUAAAAUCUAUGGAUUUCAAGAUUUAAUUGAAAGUGUUUCGCAUUUAGAGGAUAGGAAGUUGUACUAUUCACUCAAAAAUGGCAACAAAUUGCAAUGGCAUAAAGUCAAAUUGUCAAAUGAACAGAUGCAAAAAAGAUUGAAGCAUGGAUCAGUCAACUUUAAUGAUCAAAUCCUUAUUUUCGGUGGAGCUAGUAGCAAUUCAAUUAAUAAUUCAGGCAUGUACAAUGAUGUCUGGAUUUAUAACAAUUAUACUAAAUACAAGCGAAUGAAAACUUCCUCAGCAUGUCCAUCACCUAAAUCCGAUUUUGGGAUCGUCAAUGCUGGAAAUAAAAUGAUUGUUGUUGGAGGGAAAAGUUCAGUAGGUAGCUCCGUAGAUCAACCGUACUCAGGAUUAUUGAGUGCAUUUGAAAUACAUUCUGUAGAUCCAAAAACUGGGGUCUGGCAAAAAAUUCAGACGACAGGAACUGAGCCUCAAAUUUCUAAUGGAAUCCGCUGUGUCAUGUUAUCAAAAUUAGAAUUAAUCGCUGUUGCUGGACUUAUACCAAUAUUCCACAAUUGGGAUGCAAUGAAUGCUGAAGAAAAUGUACAAUAUCGAACGAGUUUACAUGUAUCGCUGUUAAAGUUUACUGAUGCAUCUCUCGAAAAAGGACAUUGGUAUGACUUGGCUAACUUCCAAAAUCGAAGAGGAUUUCCGACUCCAAGAAACGAGACACAUUUAAUAAAUUUGGGAAAUGACUGUGUUUUAAUGUUUGGUGGACGUGUAAUUAAUGGAAGUUGUCAAGAUGCUUGGAUAAUGAAAGUCAAUAGAAAUCCGUACAGUAUAAAAUGGGUUCAAGUUAUAAUUGAAAAUCCAUUGCUUCCAUCUUUACCAACUCACAUAUUUCCAUCAUGCUUAAUUAAUGAUUUGCUUGUGUUCACGGGAGUUCGGACUUCCUUAUUGAAAAAGCCUGAAAUCGACAAACAAAGAAAUGUUAAUAACAAUAUUAAUAACGUUAAUAAUAAUAAUAAUAAUAAUGACGAGUCACAGAAAUCUCAAAGUCAAUCUCAGCCAUCAUCAUCAUCAUCAAUUUCCUCGCUUAGACGACAAAAGCAGCCUGAAGCUCGUCGAGUAUUUAUUAAUUCUGAUCGUCCGCUGCAUACAAUUGGGACAAUGGCAGCAUUUUCUGUCGUUCCACAAAAAGUACUUAAAAUGCAAGUAUCGCCUGAUCCUUCACCGCCUCAACCAACAGAACAGCCUAAACGACUCCUUAAAGAUUAUCCAAUGAGAAUAUUUUGCCUUGAUCUCUCAAACAUUAUGAAUUGCAGUGACGAAAUGUUACGAGAAAAAUUAUCAAUUAAAUGGAUACAAAUUUUCAACGACGGACUAUUUCCGAAUGCGCCAGAACUAAGAGCACAUGCUACAUUCACGCGACUAGAUAAAGGACUAUUUUUGAUUGGAGGUGUUAAACGAAGCGAAACAGAGGACGAUGCUCUCUUUACUCAGGCUACAAAUGAAAUUUUUAUGCUUACAAAUAGCAAUAAUCAAACAUAA